AUGGCAAUAUUAACGAAAGCAUGGAACACCAUCACAGCGAUAUGGCGAGCCGUGCUUGACAUCACAUUCUUCUGGUGGCCACAUCUAUACGAACGCGUAAACACUAAGCAGCAGACCGAAGCCCUUCUCCAAACACUCGACGAGGCACCGAACUAUGAAGAGUGGCAUGCAGCGGCUUACCAGCUCGAUGAGCUUGUCGGCAACAAUGACUGGAGACAGGCGCAGGCAAGCAAGGAUUACGAUCACAGACUGAUAUUUGCUCGUGAGAAAGAGCACCUCGCAGCACUCCAGAAGGGCGACCUCAUCACUCUUGUGCGAUAUUUGCGCUGCGGCGUGGUGCGGAACCUAGGCAACAUCACCACCCCCAAGCUGUUUAACAGAGCAUACUCUGGCACAAAGCUUCUGAUUGAGGAUUAUGUACUACAUGCUGCGACUGCAGUCAAUUUUGUCAGCGACUAUGACACAUCUCCUGGUGCUGAGAUGACCCAUCAGCAGAAACUGGAGACGAUGCAUGAUGCGCGGCUCAGCUUGGGACGUACUUGUCUAAUUCUCCAAGGCGGCUCUGUCUUCGGUCUCUGCCAUCUGGGCGUGGUCAAGGCCCUUCAUCUCAAGGGGUUACUGCCACGAAUCAUGGUUGGAACAGCCACUGGAGCCUUGAUGGCCGCGCUAGUAGGAGUGCAUACAGAAGACGAGUUACUGGACUUCCUGAGUGGAGACGGUAUCGACCUGAGUGCUUUCACCGACUCGUCGCAUCGUGCGGCUGACGCUACCAGCGCAGCGCACACACGACAUGGCUGGUUGUCAACACUACUACGUCGCGCAAGGAGAUUUGCUCGAGAUGGAUACCUUCUCGAUGUUGACGUGCUCGAAAAGUGUGUACGAGCGAAUGUUAGUGACAUCACGUUCGAAGAAGCUUACGAGCGCACGAGGCGGGUGCUGAACAUUACCAUCUCUGAGCUUGUUGACGGCAUGCCGACUCUGCUCAAUUACUUGACAGCCCCACAUGUCUUGAUCUGGUCGGCUGCACUGGCUUCGAAUGCUUCGGAUCCCACUAAGUCACCAGUGACCUUGAUGUGCAAGACCAGAGAUGGUAGAGUCGAACCCUGGGAUCUUGCUGUUCACGCGAUGAAGGCAGCGAAGAAGAAUUCUACCAAGAAGAAGCGUACUUGGAAAGGAGGCAGAGAUACACCACUGUACAGGGUGGCAGAGAUGUUCAACGUCAAUCACUACGUUGUUUCCCAAGCACGUCCAUAUCUUGCCCCCUUUCUGUCCCCCACGGCGCAUCAUUCGAGUUCCCUGCGGUCUAGCCGGGAGUCGUGGACAGCCUUUGCGAUGCGGAUGAUUGCCAUGGAAGUUCACCACCAGCUCAGUCAGGCCGACAGAUUAGGUCUACUACCAAAAGGCAUCCGCCGUCUGCUCAUAGAUGAGACCGUGCCGGGCGCCUCUUGGACUGUCGUACCCAAGGUUAACGUGAAAGACUUUGAGCGUCUGCUUCGAAACCCAACUCGAGAGGCAGUCGACUACUGGAUACUGAAGGGCGAACGAUCGGUAUGGCCAGCCAUUUCAGCUCUCAAGAUUCGUUGCACAGUCGAGAUCGAGAUCGAUCGAGCCUACCAAUUCGUACGUCGCAGGAGACCAUCCAAUGGUGAGGUCGAAUCACAUGCGCCGGCUGGGCAAGGUAAUCGGCAAAGGAGGCAGCAGAGGACUGCAUCGCUUGGCGCCUUAUAA